CCGCCCCCGGCCCACAGUGCACCGCGGCGCCAAGAUGGCGGCGCCCAGUGAGGGCCGGCCUGGCCGCGGCGCCUCGACGUUCCCCGGCACCGAAGGCGGCCCUUUCGCUUUUCCUUUCACUGUCCCUCCCGGGGCUGCCGGCUCCGGAGCGGAGGACCAACCUAAGAAGCCUUGCAGGGCCUGUACGGAUUUCAAGAGCUGGCUCCGCGAGCAGAGGAAGCAGGCGGAGGCGAGCGGCGUGGCAACGGUGGAGGAGAAGGAGCCGCCCCCCGACUGCCCCCUGGACAGCGAGCAGCUGGGCCGCAGCACCUGGGCCUUCCUGCACACCAUGGCGGCCUACUACCCUGAGCGCCCCUCGGGCACCCAGCAGCAGGAGAUGAGGGACUUCAUCCACCUCUUCUCCAAGUUCUACCCGUGUGAACACUGCGCUGAGGAUCUGAGGGAAAGAUUGCGAACAAAUCAGCCUGACACUAGCAACAGAAAUAACUUCUCCCAGUGGUUAUGCCUUCUUCACAAUGAAGUGAACAGGAAACUGGGCAAAUCUGAAUUUGACUGCUCUCGUGUGGAUGAGCGCUGGCGAGAUGGUUGGAAAGAUGGUAGUUGUGAUUGAUUCAUAGGGGACUGCUUUGGAAAUCCAACAGAUUCACUCUGGUGUUGAGUCACAUGUAGAGAUGGGCAAGUAAAUAUGUGUGAGCGUGUGUGUGCAUGGCUGAGAUAACUUGUGGAAAUAAAGGUAGAACCAAUUCUGAAAGCCAAUUUGGAAAUCUUAUGCUAACCUUGAUAAAUGGUCGUAUCAAAUGCAUUGUCUGAGGAACUGAGGCCUUACAGGUGGCACAGAAAUUGCCAGAAAUGUGUUAAACUGAGUUACUUGACAAACUUGUGAAUACUUUUUCAUUACAUUUCCUUAUUAUAGGGGCAUUUGCUUGUAUCUUUGACUUGAAUUCUUGUUACUUGCACGCAGUUGUAGAGAGCUGCCCUUGACAUUUCAUGCUUGUUUGCAGUUGCUAUCCUGAUGUGUUAGAAAUUUCACUGUCAUUUUAACUUCUUUUGUUCUGAUAGGGCAAAUUCCUGCUGUCUAUAUCCCUUAAACUUCUUUUGAGAUCUCUGUUGCUUGUUAGACUUGCUAAAAGACCUGAAAUCACGUAUGUUUAAUUUAAAUGCUAAAAUCAUGGAACCUUGAUUUCUCAUUUUAUUUUUGUGUUUCAGUUUAGCAUGUAAGAGAGUAUCGUAGAAAAAGGAGACUAGAACAGGACCAAAAUAAUUAUCAUGAAGUUUCAGCUGGUUUAAAUUCAGAUGUUUUAAAUUGAUUCCUCUUUUUCUUUCAAUUCAGAAGCAGUAUGACAAGUUCUGCUGAGCUGUUUGCUUUUAAAAGUGAUAACUUUUCAUCUCUGCUAUGAAUUUUUGUCAAUUGUGAAGAUCGCUGUAAUGUUCUGAGACUGAUAUCUGUAAUGAAGCACAUUCAGAUUUCUUUAGCAUACAGUGUUUCUGAGGCAUUGCUUGUGUUUUGAAAUUCAUGAUUGUUACUUACUGAUUUGGUUGAUAUUUUGGUGUUUUUACCUGGAUAAAAAUCUCUCUGGAACAAAAGAGCUUUAAAUACCCUUACAGUAUUUGAGUCUUCCUUAAGACUGAUGUCAGCUUUAGAUAGAAUUAUUGCACAGAAGACUCAAAGGAUUCCCUCUGUAGAACCUGGUCUGUUCCAUUGGCAUUUUCUCUUUGUCAGCAAUAUUGCAUCAGUGUUACUGAUACAUAAGUGUGAAUUUCAAUUUCAAGUGAAAUAGCAGCAUAAAUGAUUUAAUGAGUAAAAAUGCAUUUCUCUUUAAAGCCACACACACAAAGAAGUCUAAAUACUUUCAAACUCUAAAAGUAUGUAGUGAUAUUAUACCCUUGUUGUAUUUUUGUCUGGGAAAGUUUGCAGGAGUUUGCACAGAUUGUGAUAAUAGGGAGCUUUUCCUUCUGUACUUCCUGCUGAGCUUUUCCUUGCGUGUUUUAGUAAGCUUCCUUAUUUUGUGCACUACAGUGGGUUUGUAAAUCUGCUUUUGAUAGAGUGAGAGGUUCGUGGAAAUGCUGAUAGUACUUUUAUAACAGUACUGGUGUGAUGAGAGCCUGUAUCUGAGAACUUUGAUCCCCAAACCUUCACGUGUGGAGCUCCUUACUGUUUAGAAAAGCAAUCAGAACUUUGGAAAUACGUUUGAAUGUUUUAUGGUGUACUAAAGCCUUUUCAAGUCGGACCUGUUAAAACAGUGAGGCACAAAUUUUUAUGGACUGGUUAUUCUGGGAAGUUCUAUUUAUCAAUGCUCCUAAACUCAAAACCAGCAAUACUGGUAAGUGUUGUAUGAAGUAUGCAGUCUGACUUCCUACCUCAUGGUGUUGUGUGGGCUUUAAAAGUGCUCAGAAAGUUUCCCUGUUGGCAUGUUGAUGUCCUUAGAAUAAAUAAAUUCAGCCCUUCAUUCUUGUUUUUUGUUUAUAAAAAUAAAAAACAACAAAAAAAAUUCCCCAAACACAUCGCCACUGAUGGGGUGAAGACCAAGAAAAAGGAUGUAGAAAGAAAAAGUACCCUUCUCCUUGUCAGGCAUGGCUUAAGUUGCCCAGUUCUGUCACAGUUUUAGCACCUGGGGUGUUGACAAGCAUUUUCUUCUGCACUUGGUUGUGCAGAAGAAGAAACUUGCUAUUCUUCCUUUCUAAUUUGCCCUCCACUGCUCUGUGACAGUUCUGUUGCCCACUAUGAGAUUAUGAGAUUUCUCACUAAUUUGCAUCAGCGUAGAUGAGCAGGUUGGUAAAGCAACUGCCUUGUCCCAUUUCAUAUUAAUACUAAAAAUGAGCUAGGCCAGAGAACUGGGCCAAGUGUGCUUUGCUGGUAAGUCCUUGGACCUGCUGUUCCUUGUGCUGGCCAGCAGCUGGUGAUACGGAGGAGGGCUGGUGCUUCUGUCCAUGUCUUAACAGUGUGGAGAGGAAAAAAGAUUAAAAAAUUGUGUAUCCCUCUCAAAAUCAGAGAGAGUGGCUGUGGCAACACAGAACCUUUGUUGUGCAUGGAAAAGCUCCUUCUGCCAGCAGGUACUGCUUUGUUCUGACAGUGGUGCAGAGGAGGAAUUGCCUUAAAGCUGAAGCCAUCAUUUUCAGUGGAUGAGUCCAUACAAUGAGGGCACAAGCUCUGACUGCCAGGAUGUUAUUAGGGCAGUUUGUAACUUUGCUAAAUGCCAUUUGGUUAAAAUUUAUGCUUACACUCUGUUCUCUCAUAUUUGUGGCUUUGCAGAAGAGCUCUGACUUACUGUUUCUCAGACGUAGCAUCUCUGUGAACUUGCCUGUCCAAGGGAGGAUGUUUUGCUGCUCGUUUAUAACGCAUUCAAUGUUUUCAUUGUAUGUAUGGAAUUUCUAUUGAAGGUUUGUGUACAUAAAAAGAAGGGGAAAAAUGUAAAUUCUAAAUGCACUUGAUUAAACCUAGUUUUAAAAAUAACUGUAUUCAAAUCAUAUUUCCUGUCAAUGUGAAAAUAAUAAAGCAACUGAGUUUA